AUCAGGCAAUCAUAAAACAAAACCGAAGUACACAAACAUACACACUUCUUCUUCUUCUUCUUCUUCUUCUACAUACUGCUCAACUUUCAUUCCACCAUGUUACUUUCCAAACCGUAGAACUUUCAUUCUACACACUCCCUGAUUGAUUACAUCACUCUUCCCCUCCUAACAUUUCUUCCCGAGCGAUUGGAUCUGAGACUUUUAACUCCAUCUGGUCCCAUCAAUCCGAAUUGGAAUCAUCCAAUUCUUUGUUUCUUCCUCAGAUUCUUGGUUGUUGUUUUUGUAUCUCAAAAAGUUGGGUUUUCAUUGCUUACUUCGUUAAAGUUGGGGUCUCUUGUAUACUUGGGUGUAUUUUAGGGUUCUUGGUUUUUGUUAUAAAAGAGAAACCUGCUCUGCCAAUGCAAUUAUCUGUUGUUUUUGUUAAUUUUUCGGUGAGUUUUGAGAAACCGGAAAAUUUUAAGUGUUUUGAGCUAAGAAGAACAAGAAGAAGCAUCAAUGUCUUGGGCCGGCCCAGAAGAUGUUUACCUCUCUACUUCUCUUGCGAGCUAUCUUGACAAGAAAAUUCUUGUGCUGCUCCGAGAUGGUCGCAAGCUUUUAGGAAUACUCCGUUCCUUUGAUCAAUUUGCCAAUGCUGUUCUUGAGGGUGCUUGUGAAAGGGUCAUUGUUGGCGAACUUUAUUGUGAUCUCCCUUUGGGUCUUUACGUAAUUCGUGGGGAGAAUGUUGUUCUAAUUGGUGAACUGGACGCGGAGAGGGAGGAACUUCCCCCACAUAUGACCCGUGUUUCACCUGCAGAAAUUAAAAGGGCACAGAAAGCAGAAAGAGAAGCUUCUGAUCUCAAAGGCACCAUGAGAAAAAGAAUGGAGUUUCUUGACAUGGACUAAACGAAUUUGCUUAGUCCAUGUAGAUUAUUGACUUGUCCUGCCAUCCGCAAAUAUUAUAGCGGUUGUUUUGCUCCCAUCUUCUACAUAUGGCUGUCAAGUGUUGUUAGAUGGUAGAUGUUUAAACUUUGAAAAUUAGAACUCUCAUGAACAACACUGUUCAAGUUCUGUGUACUAUUUGUCUUAAUGAAUAGAAGUAUUCAACUGUUUCUUGGCUAUAGAACCUCAAUUGCGUCCACUCCGAAGUUGGAAAUGGCUUUUCUGGUAAUUAAGGACAUCAAUGGUUAUAUUUCCCAUGCAAUUUCACUUCAUUGCCAAGAUGUGAGAGCAAUUGUUCUCUAUAAUUUACUCUUUGUUACAAAACAAAAAAAAUAGAUUGAGAAAGAAGAGAAACAUGAGAGAAUAUGUGUGUAUUAU